AUAUACUUUUUGGGCUUCACUGUCCAAAUGCAUAUGGAGGGGAGUGUAUGACUGAUAAAUGAUUCUGAUUAUUCAGAUACCCUUACUUCUGCAACAUUAGCUCACACUUGCUGUAUGAGACUGUUGUUAAGGUUUCUGCUCCUUGUGGUUUUGUAGUGAACAAGCUCCACAUUUACAUCUCUAUUCAAACAAUCCUCUGACUCAGUCACACACCUUACUGUGAAGUCAGACUAAUCAUAUGUAGCUGUCUGACAAAUGGCAUUGUUCAUCCCUGAUAUGGCUGGUCAUCUGUUCUUGGUCAUCCUCCUUUUUGAUACGUUCCAAUCCAUCAAAGCCCAAGUCCCUCCUCAGCUGACAGUGAGUCCUGAAGUCAUCAGGGUUACGGACACAGUUCAGCUGAGAUGUCACACUUCUCAAUCUACCUAUGUGUCUCAGUGUUACUUCUACAUAGAGAAAAUACACCAUCUCCAACAUACCACAUCCUGUCAGCAGUCACUCACAGGGACCAAGCUGCUUGAAUGGGCAGGUCAUGGUCCAACCACCAAGGUCAACAUGAGAUGUAUCUACUAUGCUGUAGAGAUGUCUAUCUACUCUCCCUACAGUGACCCUGUCUCAGUCACUCUCCUGGGUAAGCUGCAGAAACCAGACAUUAGUGUCAAUGACGAAUCUUCUCAUGACAUCACUAUUGCCUGUGUACUUCCUGAGUCUGUCAGUGAUGGUCAUAGCUGUAACAUGUACACUGGAGACCAGCCUCAGGCCUACAAAGAGGCUUGGGUGAGGAGAUUUAACGCAGCAUCAUCCAAACUAUUCUGUACCUUCAGUGUUACUAAGAAUGAUCUGUUCAGGCAUCUGCAGUUGGAGAGAGAUGUGAGCUGUGACUAUAGAGUGAACACAGGAUCACACUCUCUAUCUCCCCGCAGUGAUAAAUACAUAAUUACAGGUCAGAAACCAAAUAUUACAGUCAGUCUGAAAGGGAACCUCAUCAUCACCUGUUUAAUUCCUGGCUCUGUCAGUAAUGACACCACCUGUAACCUGUAUGUUGGUGAGAAGAGUAAGUGUCUUUUUAGAGCACGAAUCUGGAAGAAGAAACACAAAGAUUCCGAAUGCUGGUUCUGUCAAUUCUCUGCGGCUGAGAAUGAUCUGAUCAGUUGUCUACAGUCAGUGAGGCGUAAGGAAGUGAGCUGUGACUACAGAGUGAGCUCAGGACCAAACUCUCUCUCUCCACGCAGUGAUUGGAACAGCUUUACAUUGGUUUUAACUCCAGGUCCUAGAUCUACUUUGCUUCCCAGCAAGACAGCGAGUCCUACAGAAGUUUUGACUGUUACUUCUACUUUGACCCCAGACACCAUAGUGAGACCAACUACCAGUUUGACCUCUCCUUUGACCCCCAGCACAGCAGUGAAUCCUACAUCAGCAAUGCAGUGUUUUAAAGGUUUGACCUCUCCUUUGGCCCCCAGCACAGCAGUGAAUCAUAUAUCAGGAGGUCAAAGCUCCACAGACAGCAUUGUGAAUUCAAACAGUCAAAAAAGAGUUUGGGCGGUGCAACUAUGGCAGGCAGCAGUGUGUAUGGCUUCUGGAGUGGGCAUGUUCUGGAUGGGAUUGACAGUUGUCUAUCUCUGGAGGAGGACCAAGAAAACCAAUUCUCUGAGACCUACAGCCAGACAGGAUGAUCACAGACAAUGUGAUUUGGUGAUGGGAGCUAUGAGCAGUGCAGGCAUGUUGGAUUCAAGGGAUGCUGGGAUCUAUUCUCUCAUCACCUCUGUACCGUCCACGUUUUUGCACUCAGGUCCUGUGCAGCAAUCUGCAAAUGAAGAUGCUGAUUCAGAGAAUGCAGGGGUCUAUAGCCUGAUCACUUCUGUACCAUCCACAUCUGUACCAUUAGGUCCUUUUGAAUAAAAUGGAAAGUCAUCUGAAAAGGACAAAUCUGAUAUGUACCAUGUAUACAGCUCAAUCCCCGACAGACCAGCAUCCUCAGCCCAGCCGGAUGGGUUGUACAGUCUUCUACAGACACACUGAAACUACACCACUGACUCUCUGUUAUGUCUCACAGAAAAGUGGUUUCUUUCAGGAUGUCCUUUAUUUAUCAGACAUCAUGUUACUUUAAAUAAGUAUCUAAAACAUCUACCACAGUGCCGUUUCUGUUUAUAAGCGACAUACAGUAAGCAGCCGUUAGAGGACCCUCCCCCCUCCAAAAACAACUGUAGGAUAGUAGAAUACACAACGUGCAGUUUCGAAAUGUGGUUCUUCGUCAGAAGUUUUUCUCUUGUUAUGUCAGUCACUGACAGUCACUCAAUAAAUCCCAUGACAGCUAAGAUUUUAUAGAUUGCUCGGCCCAGUUAGUCUCGCCAGCUAUCUAGCCUUGUAGUAAUGGCCGAAUUACUGCCCAGGGGCCCUGACCUCCAGGGGGCCCCCAAUAAUUUUGUUAGUCACUCUCACUCAGAUAUCAAAUUAACAUGGCAUAAGUCAUGGCAAAUGUUUAGAAUUGCAGUAAAUUAACUUUAAAACCGAAUGUUUUUGUUUCAACGACAAUGGCAUACAGUGUUGAAUUGUAGGACAUUAACUUUAAAGCUCCAAAUGUUUCUCUUCGCUGCCAUAACCGGGGCCACUAAAAUGUUUUGUCGGUGAGGUGGGCAAAUCUCGCUUAGGGCCCCCAAAAUGCGUGUUCCUUCUGUAGCACAGUUGGUAGAGCAUGGCGCUUGUAACGCCAGGAUAGUGGGUUCGAUUCCUGGAACCACCCAUACGUAGAAUGUAUGCACACAUGACUGUAAAUCGCUUUGGAUAAAAGCGUCUGCUAAAUGGCAUAUAUUAUUAAGUUCUCUCCGCCCCAUGGCAAAAUUAGUAGAAUUGCAGGACAUUAACUUUAAAGCUCCAAAUGUUUCUCUUCGCUGCCAUAACCGGGGCCACUAAAAUGUUUUGUCGGUGAGGUGGGCAAAUCUCGUUUAGGGCCCCCAAAAUGUUUGGAACUGCCGUAAUUUGCUGUAUCACACAUGGAAACCUGGAUUGUGUUACAUGCCUAUCCAUAAUAUCUGUUAAUAUUAUUAUUUUUAUUUGGGGAUUUUGGAGGUGUCCGGGGCAUACUCCCCUUUAAAUAUUUUUAAGUAAAUGCCCAAAUAAAUAUACACUGUAUUUAUAUAUAUUCUGUCAUCUGUGUGAUACCUCCUUCCAUAACGGUUUGAUAAAAUUUACUAAAUAUGAUAUAAUUUACUAAAUAUUUGUGAUCAAAAUCGAUAGAUACAGACAAUUAAAAAUCAAUAAAUAUAUAACAUAUUCACACAAUGCAAAAAAAACAGGUAAAUAGGAAAUUAAGAUAAAUUCAUCGAAAUGAAGUCAUUAAGAUCCAGUGGUGUUGAUAAGACAUUUUUCUUGGUAAAAUUCAUCUUGUGUUUAAAUAUGCCUAUAAUAUAAGCUCCCCCCCCAAAAAAAAAAAAAAACUGGGGAAAAAGCCUAAUGUUAAUUUAACAAUUUAAAAUCAACCCCAAAAGCCCAAUUUUAUAGCAAAAGUAUUGAUGUUGAUAUUUUCCACAUACUUUCUUACAAGCUAAAAAUAUAACAUUUUGGUUUUAAAAAUGUUUACAUUGUUGGCAAAACUGAAAAAUAUAGAUGACCUAAAUGCUAUUCAAAUCUCAAAAUUUCUCCAUGUUUACUUGUUAUUUUCCAAGUUCCCAGUUUAAUUUAAACUUACUCAGCACAUCAGUCGCACCUUCAAUGUGCAGUGUUGUAGACACUGGUUAAGAUGUAAAUGGUGUGGAGAACACAACUUCAUUACAUUGUUUUCCAGUUUACCAUGAGCUUACAUUCUGUUUCGAUGCACACUUGAGCCCAACUGUCAGGGUGGUCGAUUAUGCUAUGGGGGAUGGCUUUGUUUGUUGAAAAGGGGUGGCUCCCCCCUCACCUCCCAUAUACACUGUACACACUGUGCAUAGAUCUUUCUAUUGUGUUAUUGACUGUACGUUUGUUUAUGUGUAACUGUGUUUUUGUUUUUGUUGCACUGCUUUGCUUUAUCUUGGCCAGGUCGCAGUUGUAAAUGAGAACUUGUUCUCAACUGGCCUACCUGGUUAAAUAAAGGUGAAAUAAAAUAAAAUAAAAAAUAAAUCCCUCUUCAAUGACACCUUUAAGUUAGUUAAUACAAAUCCUAUAUUUUUAGCUCCAUUUGAAAUGCUCUCUUCUGUAAAACCAAAAAGUAAGAAGAAUAAAUUGAAUACAACCAUU